AGUGAACGCGUUCGGUUGCUGCUUUUGGCUGCCGGUGUCAAAGAGAGAAUUGGUUGCGUCCAAAACAAUUCGUAUUUGUUUAUGUAUUAAAAAAUUAAUUAAUACUAUUUGUGUGCCGUGACGUGAUAAACAAAGCUACAGAGUGGCCGACAGAAUUCACACAUCUACGUACAACAACAACAACAACGGAAAGAUAUCAAAAAACGAUAAAAUUACCACACCACAAACAUUCGAAUUCUAUUCAAUUUUGGCAAAAGUUGUGACGUAUUUCAAACUUCACAUUUUCAACACAACAUAAAAUCGAGAGAGAAAAGGUGAACAGAGCAAUCUGAGAGUUGUUUGGACGCUCCAAAAGCUUAAGCCCAAGUUCAUUGUCAAGUGGGUAUUCGUCUAAGCGAGAGAGAGGAGAAGAGCUUUGCGUAAGCUUUUGCAUCGUUCGAACUCACCAAAAAGCACGGAAACAAAUUGGAAAUGAGUAACGAAUCGUCAGCGAGCGAGACAACACCGCUGCGACGGCCAGACAGUCAGUUGAGUGCAAAUUCAGGCACUAACGUGGCUACAAACAACAACCACGUCGACAGAAGCAAGUUAAACACGGGACAAACAACGUUGGAUAUACCCAGAAGCAACAGUAAUCAUCUAAGCAACAACUUGAACAGUUUCACCAACCAACAACAGCAUACGCGGCAAGCGCAACAGCAACAGCAACAGCAGCAGCAGCAGCAACAACAAACUACAGACAUGGACACAAAUAAACGUAUUUUAUGUCGUGUGGCUCUCGAUAUUUUCAUUUUAUUAUGUGCUGGAUUUCCUAUACUUUUGUUCUAUCUGCUGGGAUCUUCAUACAAGCGAGGCUUCUUCUGUGACGAUGAAUCGUUAAUGCAUCCCUUCAAGGAGUCCACCGUGAAGAACUGGAUGUUGUACUUCAUUGGACUCGUUAUUCCAGUGGGUGUGGUACUGAUUGUGGAAAUACUGCGUUCAAAGGACAAAGAUCUCAACACAACGCGUCGUUAUAUCUACCAGGGAUAUCGGAUUCCCGAUUGGCUCGUCGAGUGCUAUAAGAAGCUUGGCGCAUUCGCCUUUGGAGCCGCUGUCAGUCAAUUGACCACGGAUAUUGCCAAGUAUUCGAUUGGUCGACUGCGUCCACAUUUCAUGCAGGUGUGCCAGCCGAUCAUGCCAGAUGGCACGAAUUGCACGGAUCCAGCCAACUUUGGCAAAUACAUAACGGAUUUCAAGUGCUUAGGAGUUGGCUCAACGCCUCGCAUGCUGAAAGAGAUGAGUCUCUCGUUCCCCAGUGGCCACUCCAGUUUUACCUUCUACACCAUGGUCUAUGUGGCGCUAUAUCUACAGUCUCGCAUGACCUGGAAUACCGGGAAGCUGUUGCGUCACUUUCUGCAGUUUCUCUUCAUUAUGAUCGCCUGGUAUACGGCACUUAGCCGCAUCUCGGACUACAAACAUCAUUGGUCCGAUGUGUUGGCUGGCUCAACAAUCGGUGCAAGCUGCGCUUUAAUUGUGGCAAAUUGCGUGUCCGAUUUGUUCCCCCGAGAAUCCCGGACUAAGCCAUAUCUGCCCAGGAGCUCACAGGAUGUGAGCCAAACGCAAUCGACGGUUGUGGUAACAACGAAUUAGCACACUGUGAAUUCGAAUAGCCGUUUUAGUCGUCGUUUAGAGCACAAAUUCCAUAAUUUAUAAGGCAAACAGGGAUCUUUCGAUACAUUUGUUUAAAACAAAGCAAAGCUUGCGUUAUAUUUUAAAUUCUAGUUAAUUGUUAAUUCGCAAAAUAUUAUUUGAUAGCCAAUUAGCAUUUUAAUUGUUAAGCUCAUUAAGUGUAAAAAUAUAUAUACGCAUAAUUUAAAAUACUUAAUACUGACUAUAAACUCACUAAAGUGACCUUCAGAUUAUACAAAGUGCGAUUAGCGAAGUCAGCAUAAUCGACAAUAAGUAUUAUGUUAAAUGAGU